GGCUCACUUGUAUUUUGUGGGCGAAAUGGGUGUCGGAAACGUAACCCUAACGUUCAUUAAAUGCCAAGGCAACGAAUCCCGCCUUAUAGACUGUUUCCACAUGAUCUUGGGCUUUCCCUUUGAAGUCUGCAAAGAGAGCGCUGGUGUGGAAUGUAGGCGGAACGAUGAUUACACUCCGCGAAUCAGCGAUGGACGGAAUUUCACAUCCCCAAACGGCCGUCUUGAUCUGAAGAUUGCCGGACAAUGGAACGCUCAGUGUGGAAAGAUAUCUAAUAAAACGGCCAUCGUGGCAUGCCGGCAAAUGGGGCUGCCUAGUUCUUUCGCACGGAUGUUGCCAGCAAAUGUCAAGUAUCCAGCACAGACUAUUCCCAAUAUCACCUUGGAAGUACGCUGCACUGGACAGGAGAAUAACUUGUUGGAGUGUCAGAUACCUCAGAAAUCUGGCCCUUGUGAUGCUACAUUUGGAAUUGUGUGCUCAGAUGAUCCAGGUUAUCAGGUGCGUCUUGUCGGAGGUGAAAACCAUACAGGCCGACUGGAGGUCAAAAUAGCGGGCAUCUGGGGGACAGUAUGUGAUAACAGCUUUUAUGAUCGGGGCGCCAAAGUAAUUUGCAGACAACUGGGUUUUGACAAUGCCGUGCCACUUGUUUGGCCAACGAAAGACAUUGGGCAGGCGGAUCCUAAGCAGCCGAUAUGGCUGACAUCCGCCUAUUGUUCUGGGGAUGAAGGCUCGUUCAAAGAUUGUAGCUACAAAUUCGAACACAACGACAUGUGUUCACAUGAAGCAGAUGUGAUCGUCUCGUGUAAGAGUCUUGAGGAACUUGACGUGCCGAUACGUUUGGCUGGUGGAGCGGACAAUACGACAGGGCGACUGGAGCUUUUCUAUGAUGGUCAGUGGGGAACUGUGUGCCGCUACUACUUCUCUGCAAAGUCAGCUGAAGUAGCCUGUCGACAAUUGGGUCUGCCCUAUACAGACGCGACACUCAUCAAUUCUUUCGGUGAUCCAGCGACGAGUCCUAUUUGGUUGAAUUAUUUAAAAUGUAAGGGUGGAGAGUCACACAUUAUCCAGUGUAGGCACUAUCCUAUCAACACAUCAGACUGUGAUCCUCGGAGAGAUGCUUUUUUGCAAUGUCAAGAUUACACGGAUCUUUUUAAGAAAUAUAAACCAGCUUCUACAACCGUUGCAAGCAAGAAGAAUCCCACGUCAGGCGGAGCUAAGACUAUACGUUUCGAUCCUUUCAUGAUUUUCACCUUGGUCGUUCUAUCAUCUACUUAUAUUUUUCGAGUGAACACCGUACGCCUUGUAAGUGGAAUUCUUUCUGUAGUCGGGGCCAUACUCUUGGCAAUUGGAGGAUGCUGUGUGAAAAAGAAAUUCAACAAAUGGGCUUCCUCUCCAGGAAGAGAUGAAAGUAGUGCAGUAGCAGCCCAGUAUACGCCAAGUACCGGCCACUCUCCAGCCGAAACUCCAGACCAAACGCAGGUGUCCCUGAUUUUCCAGAAAACAGAUGCCCCACCCUCCUACUCUGACUUGUAUGGGAAAGACAGAGCAUCGAAAUCUACGCCUCCACUUUCUUAAAAUAGUCACAUUAUUAUCGCGUGUCAAGUCUGGUCGAAUCAAGAUUAGUGCUAACAUUCAUGUAAUUCAGGGUCCUUUUUUGUUUUGUUUUAGGGUUUGUUUGAAAAUUUUUUUAUAUCUGUGAAUUAUGCAGAAUUGGCAGAGGGGGAGGGGGCAGUUGCUAAGUGGGUGUAAACGUUGUCCGGGCGAACUGAUAAAUACUGCAGAUGUACAUAUAAUGUUUGAUUAAUUAACUUAACCUAUCCUUUGUAUAGAGGUUAUGGUCGGAAAGGAAUGCAGUUAACAACUACUACGGAGAUUUUUUCUUAACAAACACUGUAUUCUCUUGAAUAGGCAUGCGUUCUGUAAAAAUAGCAAUAGAAAUAAAAUAGCAUUAAUGAUCGUAUCACCCAUGAUCAAACUGAUGAAAUAAACACUAUGUCAGUGUACUACACAACCUUAAUACAAACACAUUAAAACAACUAACGUCGGAAACGUUCGGUAAGUAAAAUUACAAACAUAAUACAAUAAUACACAAUAUAAGACUACUUAUGCUAUUCCAACUUUGUAAACAUGCUAACCCAGGUCUACAGAUUUCUCAUAAAUUCAGUGCAGCAUAUUUUUCCACGGCAAAAUACAUGAAAUCAUUUACCAACAAAAAUCGAACAUAUCAGCUAAUUGAUAUUCAUGAGCGCGGAGUGACGUCAUGAUCUACAACGGAGAUUUCGAUGGUUUUAAUUUUCCACAGUUAUCAAAGAAAUAACAAGACCAAUGGUCAAUCUAACUAAUGAGAACUAAAGAAAUAUUUAUAGGGUACACUUCAGUAGAUGCUUUGUUUACAUUUAUAUCAGAUAAAUGCCUUAUAUGAGUG